ACCAUGGCGGGGGAGUUGGAAUCUUUAGAGAAACUGCUGGAAAAGCACAUCCCAUCCGAUGACCUGAAAGAGGUGUGGAGGCUGCUGUAUGGGAAGCAGAUACGGCCCCUGAACCUCCCCAACAGUGCCUCUCAGGCUGCCUCUAAAGAAGGGUUUGACCUGCAGGGAUAUUUGUUUGAAGCAGCCCAAGAGCAGACAAGACGACCUCGGACAGUACGAGUGGGAUUAAUCCAGAAUAAAAUUCAACUCCCAACUACAGAACCUGUUACAGAACAGAUCUCUGCUCUCCACAGACGCAUUGCUGAAAUAGUUGAGGUUGCAGCCACGUGUGGUGUGAAUAUAGUCUGUUUCCAAGAAGCUUGGUCCAUGCCCUUUGCUUUCUGUACAAGAGAGAAGCUUCCUUGGACAGAGUUUGCUGAAUCUGCUGAGGAUGGAAUGACCACCAAAUUUUGCCAGGAGCUCGCCAAGAAGCACAAUAUGGUCAUUGUGUCUCCAAUUCUGGAAAGGGACUCAGUGCACGGAGACACACUUUGGAACACAGCUGUGAUCAUAUCAAAUACAGGAGCUGUUAUGGGGAAGAGCCGAAAGAAUCACAUUCCAAGGGUGGGAGAUUUUAAUGAGUCCACUUACUACAUGGAGGGAAACACAGGACACCGCGUAUUUCAGACAGCAUUUGGCAAGAUUGCAGUGAAUAUCUGCUAUGGCAGGCACCAUCCUCUCAAUUGGUUCAUGUACAGCAUGAAUGGAGCAGAGAUUAUUUUCAAUCCUUCAGCCACCAUUGGAGAGCUUAGUGAGUCCCUGUGGCCUAUAGAAGCUAGAAAUGCUGCAAUCGCCAAUCACUGUUUUACUUGUUCCAUCAACCGUGUUGGAACAGAGCAUUUUGAAAAUGAGUUCACAUCUGGAGAUGGCAAGAAAGCACAUCAUGAUUUUGGCCAUUUCUAUGGCUCUAGCUAUGUAUCUGCCCCAGAUGGGAGUCGGUCUCCUGGGCUCAGCCGAGUAAGAGAUGGGCUGCUGGUGGCUGAGAUGGAUUUAAAUCUGUGCCGACAGACUAGUGAUAAAUGGAACUUCAAGAUGACUGGACGCUAUGAGAUGUAUGCUGAAGAGCUGACUAAAGCCACACAGCCAGACUUCAAGCCUAAUAUUAUACGAGAGUAACACACCAUAUCCUAUAAGGGAGAAUCUUACUUUGGUGUUAUCUGAAGUUGCCUGCUGCCUGUUCUGUUUAUGUGAAUAAAUGGAAGGAAAAGAAGCUGUUAAGAAAGUUUGAACAACUUAUUACUGCAAUUUCAGUUACAGCAUUUGACUUCAUUAUGCAAUAAACAAAUGUAUAUUUACUAAUCCUAA